AUGGCUGUGGAUCCUCAAGGCCUGGUCUGGCCUGUGCGUUUGGAGCUACAGUACAACAGAGCUCGGAGCAGCUGUGCAGUCUCCAUCAAACAACGGGAGGCAGAGCGCACAUCCACACCGCGCAGGAGAGCUCAGAACCCGGCCACGAAAACCAGGAUCUCUGGAGCCUACCGAAACGACACGAUCAAGAUGAUGGACCGAAUGGCAAUCGCUUUACUCGCCGCUGUGGCAGUGGCUUUCGCUGUGGAGGUGCCCACAGAUGGGUCCAUGGGUCUUCAGGCUGAACCUCAAGUCGCCAUGUUCUGUGGGAAGCUCAACAUGCACAUCAACGUCCAGACGGGAAAGUGGGAGAGCGACCCGUCAGGGAGCAAGAGCUGCAUUGGCACCAAAGAGGGAAUCCUGCACUACUGCCAGGAGGUUUACCCCGAGCUGCAGAUCACCAACGUGGUGGAGGCCAAUCAGCCUGUCACCAUCCAGAACUGGUGCAAGAAGGGACGCAAGCAGUGUCGCUCCCAUCUACACAUCGUGGUCCCCUACCGCUGCCUGGUGGGAGAGUUUGUGAGCGACGCGCUGCUGGUUCCAGACAAGUGCAAGUUUCUGCAUCAGGAGAGAAUGGACCAGUGUGAGAGCCACCUGCACUGGCACACUGUGGCCAAAGAGUCCUGUGGGGAUCGGACCAUGAACCUUCACGAUUACGGAAUGCUGCUUCCCUGCGGCAUCGACCGGUUCCGAGGGGUGGAGUUUGUGUGUUGUCCCGCCAAAGCUGAGGAGGAGGAGGACCAGAGCUUCGAGCAGGAGGCCGACGAUGGAGACGUGUGGUGGGGAGGAGCCGAGACAGACUACUCCGACAACAGCAUGGUCCGUGAACCUGAACCGGAGCCAGUUGAGCAGAAGGAGGAGCCCAAACCCAAAGCCUUGAUCCAAGAGGAGGAACAGGAAGUGGUGACUGAGGAGGACAACAUGGCCAUCGCAGACGAAGAUGACGAAGACGAGUUCGAUCAGGACCAAGAUGGAGACGGAGAGACCGACCAGGACGUAGAGGACGAGGAGGAAGAUGACGAGGACGACGAGGCAGACGAUGACUUCAUUGACAACAUGGACGACGACGAGAAAACCACCAACAUUGCCAUGACGACCACCACCACCACAACCACGGAGUCUGUGGAGGAGGUUGUGAGAGACGUGUGCUGGUCCGACGCGGAGACCGGGCCGUGCCGGGCCAUGCUGCCUCGCUGGUUUUUCGACCGCUCUGAAGAAAAGUGUGUUCAGUUCAUCUACGGAGGCUGCGGCGGCAACAGGAAUAACUUUGAGUCAGAGGAGUACUGCCUGUCGGUCUGCUCCAGCGUCAUUCCCACGGCAACGCCCAGCUCUCCAGACGCCGUGGACCACUACCUGGAGACUCCGGCAGACGAGAACGAGCACGCACACUUCCAGAAGGCAAAGGAGAGUCUGGAGGCCAAGCACCGUGAGAGGAUGUCCCAGGUGAUGAGGGAAUGGGAGGAAGCUGAGAGGGACGCCAAGAACCUGCCCCGAGCUGACAAGAAAGUGGUCAUUCAGCGAUUUCAGGAGAAGGUGGAGUCUCUGGAGCAGGAGGCAGCGAGCGAGCGACAACAGCUGGUGGAGACCCACAUGGCCCGAGUGGAGGCUCUACUGAACGACCGGAGGAGGCUCGCCUUGGAGAGCUACCUGACCGCACUGCAGCAGGAGCCACCCAGGCCACGUCACGUGUUCAGUCUCUUGAGGAAGUAUGUGCGCGCAGAGCAGAAGGACAGACAGCACACGCUCAAGCACUUCGAACACGUGAGGAUGGUGGACCCCAAGAAGGCCGCACAGAUCAGACCACAGGUUCUGACUCACCUGCGCGUAAUCGAGGAGCGGAUGAACCAGUCUCUCGGUCUCCUCUACAAAGUUCCCGGAGUCGCAGACGACAUCCAGGACCAAGUUGAACUGCUGCAGAGGGAGCAGGCAGAGAUGGCUCUACAGCUGGCGAACCUUCAGACCGAUGUGAGGGUGAGCUACGGGAAUGAUGCCCUGAUGCCUGACCAGGAGUUUGGAGACGCACAGAACGAACCAGAAGAGGGCGCUGUGGGAGCCGCCUUCAUCCACCCAGAGAGCUUCAACCAGGCCAACACCGACAAUCUGGUUGAACCAGUUGACUCUCGCCCAAACCUGAACAGAGGAAUCCCUACACGACCAGUGAAUGGAAUCAAAAUGGAUGCUAUGCCAGAGCUGCGCAUGGACACAGAGGACAGACAGAGCACGGAGUACGAGGUCCACCAUCAGAAACUGGUGUUUUUUGCGGAGGACGUGGGCCCAAACAAAGGUGCAAUAAUCGGGCUGAUGGUAGGGGGCGUAGUGAUCGCCACUGUCAUUGUCAUUACACUGGUGAUGCUGAGAAAGAAGCAGUAUACGUCCAUACACCACGGAGUCAUCGAGGUGGACGCGGCCGUGACUCCAGAAGAGCGCCAUCUUUCAAAGAUGCAGCAGAAUGGCUAUGAGAACCCCACCUACAAGUUCUUUGAGCAAAUGCAAAACUGA